UACGUAUAGGCGUUAAGCAAGAAAAUUUAGAUCAUUUACGACCAAAUGAUACCAAAAUUAUUUAGUUAUUUUGAAAAAUCCCCAAUAUGGAAGGUCAUAAUAAAUUGUUUUGCGCUUUAAAUAUGGUAGUACUCGAGAACAGAAUUUAAAGGUACCAAUAAAAUAAAGGUUAGGCUAGUUGUAAAAAGAAACCUAAUCAACUUAGGAGCCACAAAAAUGGCGAGGUUAAUGGAAGAACAGAAUUUGAUUGACAUGAAUGAUGAAAAGGAAACAUCAUCAUAUCAAAAUUCUUUUAAUUGGGUUGAUAUCACACAGGGGUUUUUUGAAUCUAUUACUGAACUAGAACUUGGAGAGCUUUUACAUGACGAACUGUUUGGACUAUUUGAUGCGAUGUCUGCUAUUGAAAUGAUGGAUCCAAAAAUGGAUGCUGGAAUGUUAUGCAAUCGAGGAAAUAGCAAGCCAUACACAUUUUCGCAGGCUGCGAUAACCGGAGUUAUCAAGUUAGAUGGUCUUUCGCCAUCAGAAAUUAUAGGAAUAAUCGAUUCAACUUAUGCUUGUAUAGUUUCAUGGUUGGAGGGGCAUAGUUUAGCGCAAACAGUCUUUACAAAUUUAUAUUUGCAUAAACCCGAUCAAAUUAUAGAUAAAACAUUAAAAAUAUUUUGUUACGCAGUCUAUAAAAUUAUUGAAGAGAUUAGGGAAUGUAUAGUUAAAGCUUCGGUAUACGAAGAAGAGGACUUCCAAAGUGUUAUGUAUGGAGGUUAUAAGUUACAGCCUGAUAUAACGGAACAAAAAACAAUUUCUAUGUUGAGAGAAGUUGAAGAAGAAUUGCAUCGGAAAAGUCGAAUAAAACCUGUUGAUGACGAGACAGAAAGAGAGUAUAAUGAUGGAUUGGCACUUUAUGCUAGGAUAAGAUUUACAAAGAUGCUCUAUCAAGUCUUAACACUAAUGGGUAGAAAAGAACAGUUACAACAAAAUUUAAGUGGCUGUCAACGUCUUCUUUGUAAUUGUUCGGAUAUGAUUCAAAUUAUGAUAAAAACAGUUAAUAGAGGGGUAAAGGCCGAUGAAAUUACAAAUCAUCCUAAUGUGAUGGGCUUCGAUCCAAUGACUAACCAAAGACUUUUACCACCAACAUUUCCAAGAUAUACAAAAAUAAAGCCAAGAAUCGAAGCACUUGAAUAUAUGGAUGAGCUUAUAAACAGAUUUAAAAUAGUUACUAAAAUUACUAGUUAUAAUAAUUUCCAUGGUGCUUUGGAUUUCUUUUUAGAAUUUUCACGACAAAGUCCGUGCAUACUUUCAAGAUCUAUGCUACAAAUUGUUUAUUUACCUACGGCCAAUCGUGUUUUCGGUGUUCAUAAUUUUUCAGAUAUUUUGAAAGAUGCGGCAAGAAAUUUUAUUGCACCACCUGCUCUGAUGCCCAAAAGUGUAUUAUUACAGAAUCAUCAAGCAAAAGAAUUUGUCGAUAAUUUUUUAGGACAUUGCGCUAAUGUUUUUGGAACUCUGUUACAAACUAGUGGUCAUAAUAGAGCUCGACAAAGAGAUAGAUUAGCUUAUUUAUUUGAAAAUUUUGCGAAUUUGCAAGAUGAGGCUGAGAGAGUCGAUGGCUAUUUACAUGCACUGUCGAUGAAAGGAGAUAGUCCAAGGCCACACUUAGCAUGUUUCGGCACAUGGAUUUUAUAUCAUACUCUACGGUUGAUGGUUAUGUAUUUGUUAAGUGGCUUUGAAUUGGAACUUUAUUCGGUUCAUGAAUAUCAUUAUAUAUUUUGGUAUUUGUAUGAAUUUUUGUACGUCUGGUUGGUAUCAGCUAUAACAAGAGCCGAUACAUUUAUACUGGAGCAGGAUAUUCACAGCGAGUCGCAUAAAGGCAGGAGUGGCAAGAAAAAUGCAAAAAGUAAGAAAAAGAAAGCUACAGCCAGACCAUAUCAUUUAGAGAUUCUUAUGUAUCAAGCUCUGCAAUAUAUAUGUGGAGGUUUCUACAAGGCACUGGUUGGUUUUCGAUUGGAUGGCAGAAUACCCUUGCCGGAAAAUCAAUUUGAUUGCGAACGAGUACGAUAUGAACAUCGAUUGUUACCUUUCUCCUAUUUAUUAACACCACCACCUGUUAAUUAUAAAAAAUUUAUAGAGUAUAUGAAUGCUCAAGUUAAUAAAAAGAAUGAGAAAGCUACGAGCGAAUCUCAAUAUUUUGAUGGUUGUCGAUAUUUUCAUCAGGCUAAGAAUAUGCUAGAUCGUGCGCUCGAACUUAAUCCAGCUAAUUCAAAUACUGUGAACGAGAUUAACGAUUUGUUAAAAGUUGCCAAAACUAAUUUUAUCGUAUUGAAAUUACUCAAUGGCGGGCAUAAAAAAGAUUCCAAAGAGCCGCCAAUCUUCGACUUCUCGUGCCACCAACACUUUCCAAUUAUAAAACUUACUUAAAUCACUAUUGCUUGUAGCAAUAUCGUUUUGCCAAUGGAAGUUUGAAUCAUUAUUUAUUUUAGUUAAAAAUAAAUAAAUAA